GUGCUGCACGUAUCCCCGGCUCAGUUGAGGCUGACGUACGGGCGUUUACCUUGAGGACCUGAAUAAAUCUUAAAUUAAUUUUUCUUUCAUAAACCACUAGAAUGUUGUACUGCGUUUAAUUCACAGGUUGCAAGUUUUGUAGGAUUUUAAACUGCCUCGGCUAUCAAAAGUAACAGGAACAGAUCAACGGAGUCCAACAUCAUCGUAACAGCCGCGAUUCCGGAACGCGUAGGUCAUUUAUGGAGGCUCGUGGGACGCAAGGAAACAUUUCCUAAAGUCUUCGCAAUCAGGAUAUCAGUCCAGACCUCCCUUACUUCGGAUCAUAGUCUUACUUGGAUUUUAGGCUGUCUGAAAUGUGGCGUAAUGUGCUCGAGAUAAAUGUGAUAUGUGUGUGAUUUGGAGAGGAUCUCGUGGAAGGUGUACAGUGGGAAAGAGCCUGGGUGGACUUAUCUGCAACUGAUCCCCGUUUUCUGAGCGCAAUGGACCUGGAAUGAAGACGAACCAUGGAUAUAAUCUGGGAAAUAUUUCUUAUCUUUCAAACCAGUCUCAUCGUUGGCACCUCAGCUCAGCCAAAUCUACCCAAAAUCCAUGAGGGAUGGUGGGCUUACAAAGAAGUGGUUCAGGGGAGCUUUGUUCCAGUUCCAUCUUUCUGGGGCCUUGUAAAUUCAGCAUGGAAUCUGUGUUCGGUGGGAAAGAGACAGUCUCCAGUCAACAUUGAGACCAGCCAUAUGAUAUUUGAUCCCUUUCUUACACCACUGAGGCUCAACACUGGCGGACGAAAGGUGGGAGGGACAAUGUACAACACCGGCCGCCACGUAUCCCUCCGACUGGACAAAGAGCAUCUGGUCAACAUCUCGGGUGGACCCAUGACAUACAGUCACCGACUUGAGGAGAUCAGGUUACACUUUGGCAGUGAGGAUGGACAGGGCUCCGAGCAUCUCCUGAAUGGCCAGGCCUUCUCUGGAGAGGUUCAGCUUAUACAUUACAACCAUGAACUAUACACAAACUACACAGAAGCUGCUAAGAGUCCAAAUGGAUUGGUGAUAGUGUCUAUAUUUAUGAAGAUAUCUGAGACUUCAAAUUCAUUUCUGAAUCGAAUGUUGAACAGAGACACCAUCACAAGAAUAACAUAUAAGAAUGAUGCAUAUCUUUUGGCGGGGCUAAACAUCGAGGAGGUCUAUCCAGAGACGUCGAGUUUUAUCACUUACGAAGGAUCUAUGACAAUCCCACCCUGUUAUGAGACCGCGACGUGGAUUUUGAUGAACAAGCCGAUAUACGUCACAAAGAUGCAGAUGCACUCCAUGCGACUGCUAAGUCAGAACCAGCCGUCGCAGAUAUUCCUCAGCAUGAGCGACAACGUACGUCCGGUGCAGCCACUAAACAACCGCUGUAUCCGCACCAACAUUAACUUCAGCAUGCAGGGCAAGGACUGCCCCAACAACCGGGCACAGAAGCUGCAGUAUCGAGUGAAUGAGUGGCUGCUGAAAUAAAGCCAGGAUGUGGAUGAGUCCAAGAACACUAAAACAAGCAAAUGAAUGAUGCAAAAAGGAAAUGCUGAUGGGACAGUACAGAGUCAAGACUGACAUAUAUCCUGCCAGAAAAAGUCAUGACGUUGUAAAGAAUAAAGUAACCCCAGGAGAGACUUUGCACUGUUGGCAAAGAGAUCCAAUUUCAUACAUCCAAUCAAAACUAGUGACAUAAAAGUAUAACAACUACUCAAAUGUUUUGAUACCUUUUUUGGGAAGAAAAACACUAAAAAGAAACAUUGAUUUCAUAGCCUCUUCACAAGUGGAACUGGAAGUUUUUAGCCUUUGUACAUAUGGACGACAAAUCCGGUACAAAGGGACAGGACAUUGAAACGCCUAACCUAAACUGGACAUCUUCAAAAUCAUCACUGCAUCUUUAUUUUGUGGGGGCAGCUGACAUCAUCCUAAAGAAGAAUGUGAGGUGAUACUGUCUGUAAAAUGAGUGUCUUGGCCUUGUAAAUAUAAUUAUUCAUGCUGAAAAUGAAUAUGUAAAGAUACAAAUAUCAUAAAAAAUAUCAGAGGGAAAAUAAAUGAAAAAAGUUAAAUAUUUUACGCUUGGCGCACUUUGAAUUUCCGGAGCAGAGCUGAUGCCUUUUUUUGUUUUAUUGUUUACAAUGGUCAUACACUGUGUUUGAUUAAUGUUAUCGGCCCAAUAAAUGUGUUUGGAAAGUUAAUAUGUGUAAAUAUUUUUCAAUAUGUCUUCGCCGAGUGUUUUUUUUACAGAAUAUGUUUUGAUGUUGAUAUCUUACAAGCUACUUUGAGGUAUUUGGUUUUAUUUGGUCUGAAACACAUUAAAUUGGUCUGAGCGCAAAAAUGAUUAGUCUGAACAGCAGAGUUUAAUGAGGCAGAAUCUAACUGAGGAAUCGUCUCAGCUUUCUCCAUGUUGAUUUGCUGUGGACUUACUUGCCUUAAGCAGAUGGAGGCAGAAUUGAACCCCCACCUUUUGUUUUAAUUAUAUCUCAAUCAAUGAAGCAUGCCUGUUGUUUUAACCCCGGUGUGAGGAAAAAACACGGCCUGGGAUUCUGAUAUUUUAUCUUCGCACCUUACAGAUGGCUAAUAAAAAGAUAAGGGAGGCAGAAAGUUUCAACAGCUAUAGCUGAUGGUUAUUGCGACCAUUUUUCUAUCAAGCCCGCAGUAGAAGAGGCAGAAUUGAACCUUUUGAUAGAUAAAUACUCCCAGUGUUUCACUUCUGACAAAUAAUCACCCCAGGCCUCCAAGCACCUGUGAUACAGUGUAUCUCACUGGAACAGACUCACUUUUUCUCUCCGUGAUACCCAUUCCUGCCAAGGACUAUAAAUAUCAGGAAACCGGAAGCGUGGUGCUCAGAUGUUCAGACGAUAUUAAUUACAUUACAUUAAAAAGGCAAUGAAAAGGUCUCUGGAUCUCUGGGAAUUUAAGCGCAGCACCAGCUGUGUGAAAUGAUGCAGGACUUUUGUUUAAAGAGUCUGUGGAGAAGCAGAUGUCCAGAUACUCAAAGGGUCAGUGAUUCGGUCAGACAGCAAUUUCAGGACAAAGAGGAACAACCAAUUAUAACAUUUUUUUUGUUAAUUGCCAUAUUCAAAUACGCAGCAAAUGCAUUUAUUAUCAUCCAAUCCUUUGUCUUGUUAAAACAGUGGUUAUUUGGUCAACCUCAUUUUGCCAAGUGAGCGAUGUCAUCAGGGCAACCUAUUGUUUUUUGUAAAUAAAACCUUAACCCACCUCUAUACAACCAGCUAUCCCUGGUUGUAAGCUUAAGCUUGAAAAAAACUUCUGAAUUACUAAAAUCUGGUUGGUUGGUUGGUUGAAUGAAAUGUUGUCACAGGGUCAACUUAAUGUUGCCAUGAGGACAUCAACCACUUGGCAAAUCCAGGACAGCAAUGGUACUCUUCAAUCUAGCGUUGGGUCAAAAAGGGACAAACCCAACACGUUGAGGUGUGAUUUAACCUAUGCUUGGUCAUGCACCCCGCCUAUAAGGAAACACUGUAAAACCUAGCAGUGUGGCAUUAUUUUAUAAAAAUGAUUGAAGCUUAAAACAAUGA